AGAAAAAGAAGAAGAAGAAAGGGGAUUCUCGCCGGCGAGGAACUCGACGGAUUAUCUCUCUCUCUCACUCUCUUUCUAGCAUCAGAUCGGAUCACGAAAACUCAGAAACUCGAAAGCUGCAAUGUCAGCUAGAGGCGGAGGAGGAAGGGAGAAGGCAAGGAAUCCGCCGUCGCGUCAUCUCUGGGUUGGGAAUCUUCCCCUUGGUAUAUCGGAACGAGAACUAGCCGACCGUUUCGUAAGGUUCGGAGAAUUGGAGAGCGUUGCGUUUCAACCCGCGAGGAGUUACGCGUUCCUCAAUUUCAAACACGUCGAUGAUGCUUUCGCUGCCAUUGAAUCUCUCCAAGGUUUCCCACUCGCCGGAAAUCCGCUUAGGAUCGAGUUUGCCAAGGCGGACAAGUCAUCAACUGGAUCACGUACAGAAGAUACAUUUCGUCAUGAUGACCAGCGGUCUACACCAAGAGGGUUACCUUUCGUCCAAAAAGACUCUAGAAUGCGUUAUGAGAGCCCAGACACAUAUAGCAAAUCGAAAAUGAGUGAUAGAAAUGCAGAACCCAGUGAGGUGCUAUAUAUAGGAUUUCCAGCUUCGAUGAGAGUAGAUGAUGCACUCUUGAGGAAGGUCUUUUCUCCAUUUGGAGAAAUAAUGAAGAUCACAAUAUUCCCUGGUCGCAGCUAUGCAUUUGUUCAGUUCCGGGAUCCAAUGGCAGCUUGUGAGGCGAAAGAAUCUCUUCAGGGAAAACUAUUUGGCAAUCCUCGAGUGCAUAUUUCUUUUGCAAAGAGUGAACCUUCCUCAUCUAGCAGUGGAAGAGCUCCUUCCAGUCGGUCUCUGUCUCCGCCUUACAGAUCUGUUGAUCGAUUGGGAUCUUCAGAAGGUUAUCUUCAAGCUAGAAAUUAUGGAAGCAUAAGCAGAAUUCCCAGUGUGAGAGACACACAUUACAUAGCAGAUCGGGAUCUGGAACAUUCUGAAGAUUACAUGUUUAACAGGAAAAGAGCCUCGAGGAAUGAUAAUGAAAGGUUGAUGUCUACGCAUAGAUUGCCUCAAGAUAUGCAUGAAUAUCAUGGCAGUCCUAGGGAAAUGGGUUCAACAUUCCGUGAUGAUGCUCACAGAUUUCCGUUAAGGAGUUCAGUGUAUGAAGAGACAUGGGGUUUACCGGAAGAAGACUACUACUACCAGGAAACCAAGAGACUGAAGACAAGAUCUGUGCAGCCUGAGAGACACCUUGCAGGGCAUCCGCAUUGUGGAGUAGAGCAAGAAAGACGCCAUUUUUCAAGAGCAUCUGCUGAUUUUUCCCCAAAUGAUGCAUUCGAGCGGAAUGAUGAGACUGGACAUCUAAGAUACAAUCAAACGGUUGAGCAGCCAUUUAAUCUGGGCAUAAGGAACGGGGAAAAACGUAGCUUAGAAGAACCACAUGACGAGUUAAUGGGAUCUUUUGCUGCUGUGCCAUCAUUUGUUCCUGAAAGGAAAAGGUAUACAUCCGAACUGAAUCGACCAUCACUAAAAGACUGGAACUGGGAAGGGACUAUUGCAAAGGGAGGUAAUCCCAUUUGUCGUGCUAAAUGCUUUCCUGUGGGCAAAGUGAUGGACAUGAUGCUGCCUGAGUUUGUAGAUUGCACGUCAAGAACUGGUUUAGACAUGCUGGCGAAGCAUUACUACCAAUCAUCUCAAGCGUGGGUGGUUUUCUUUGUUCCUGGAAGCGAUGCUGAUAUCAGGUUCUAUAAUGAAUUUAUGCAUUAUCUGGAGGAGAAGCAACGGGCAGCUGUUUCUAAAUUGGAUGACACAACAACAUUGUUCCUCGUGCCUCCAUCUGAUUUCUCCGAGAAAGUACUUAAAGUUCCUGGCAAACUCAGCAUCUCUGGGGUUAUUUUACGGUUAGAAUAUGGUGGUUCUGGAUCUAGGCCUCUUCAACAGCAAGGUGAGACAAGAGAUCCAGACUUGUUAACCUACUAUGGUGAAACAUCAUAUUCAGAGGCUAGUCGAGCUUUUCCUGAUGUUGGACACACACGUAAUCCAGGUCCAGCAUCAUUUCCACGUAAUGCCGGUCCAGAUAUUCAAAGUGCACCUACGGAUCCAUACAUUGAGAGCAAUAACGAUCAGCAGAGUCAACGGUAUUCAGGAUUGGACUGGCCACCUCGUGAUGUGUCAGUUACCAACACCAGAAGUUCACAGAAGCAACCCUUCGUAGAUCAUACCGUUCAAGAGCGUAGCGAGUUUGUUCAUGGGAAACAGCCAAAUAUAAAUCUUAGUCGGUAUCACGAAACAGAAACUCCAGGGCCACCAGGGUUUCAACCUGAACAGCUUACAUAUUUAGCUUCCACUCUGUCGAGACAGCAAAAGCAGGUAGAUAACACUCCAAAUCAGCCCGAGAGAUAUGCACCAGAUGGUCGAGCAAGUUUCAACCAUUUGCAACACAUGCAGACACCAAGCAUACCUCAAGGGAAUCAUAAUUUACAGCUACAAGGUAGCAGCAACAGCCAAGUAGAAGAAGAAGAAUCAGAGGCUAAUCCACAGAAACGUCUGCAAGCAACGUUGCAGCUGGCAGCAGCACUUCUCCAGCAGAUUCAACAAGCGAAAAACUAGUUGAAGAUCUGCAGAUUCACAAGUAUGGAAUCUUAACAUACUUUCCUUACUGGUUGAUAAAGAAGAAAAGCGUCUCGUUAGUAUAAUAUCGAGAUUAACAUGUCAUAAUAGAUAUAGGCAAAUCUUUUUCUUUCAGAUUCAGAUGAUUGUAAAAUGUAGCUUCCUCGUAGCAAGAAACCACCACGUUUUAAUAGUAUAGAUAAUUAUUUUCCACUGUGCCAUUAAUUAACAAGCAGAACCCUGUAAUUGAAUACCAAACCUCCUCUUCUCACCAUCAGAUGCAUAAAACUAG